UAAUUGAAAAUAUCAAUAAUUUAGCUUUGCUAUGCUUUCCAAUUUCCCCUCUUCAGUCGUGCUAGCAAGUAGGAGUACUUCUCUAUCGUUCUUAAUGAAUCAACGACUACUUCCCCAUUUCUCAUCAACAAUUCCUUCAGAAACCCUUUUUCAAUCUCUUUCAAGAGACACGUUUCAACAAUGGCGACCCAGAGAUUAGGGAAGGAUAAGGAGAGACAAAUAUGGCAGACACCAUCUUCAUCUACUACUACUUCUUCGUUACUUAAUGUUUCCGGUAAUUCUUUAACGAAGAGCGUUAAUGGACCUGUACAGUCUCAAUCUAAUCGAUCUAAAAGUGCUGCAAUGGCUAGGCGUUCUGUGACCCCGAAUUCUAGAGCUCAUGAUUCUAAGCGGUCUGUCACUCCCGUUUCGAGUAGUGGUGGCGAUCAUGAGCCUUCUAGAGUAACUACUUCCAAGCGCUCUGUUACUCCUCUUCCUAGAAGUAACUCUAUUGUUGCACAUGACCCAGAACCUGGAAGAGUAAGAGUUGCUGUGAGGCUUCGACCGAGAAAUCAUGAAGACCUUGCUUCAGAUGCAGAUUUUGCUGAUUGCGUUGAACUACUCCCAGAGCUGAAGAAACUAAAUUUGAAGAAAAAUAAUUGGAGUUCUGAUUCUUAUAAAUUUGAUGAAGUUUUUACUGAAACUGCUUCCCAAAAGCGUGUUUAUGAAGUAGUAGCAAAACCUGUUGUUGAGAGUGUAUUGAGCGGCUAUAAUGGGACAGUUAUGGCUUACGGUCAGACAGGUACUGGGAAGACUUACACCGUUGGCAAUCUAGGAAAAGAUGAUGAGUCAGAGCGUGGAAUCAUGGUUAGAGCUGUGGAAGACAUUAUUCGUAGUACAUCUUGUGCUAAUGAGAGUGUGGAGGUUUCCUAUUUACAGCUAUACAUGGAAACGUUUCAAGAUCUACUUGCACCUGAGAAGGUUAAUAUUCCUAUUGUUGAGGAUGCCAAGACCGGCGAAGUUCUGUUGCCUGGUGCCUCGGUGAUUAAGAUUCAUGAUCUUAACCACUUCAUGGAACUGCUUCAACAUGGUGAAGCAAAUCGCCAUGCUGCAAACACCAAGCUCAACACAAAUUCGUCACGUAGUCAUGCUAUAUUAAUGGUUUCUGUUAAGAGAUCCAUCAUUGGGAAAGCUGAAACUGAUGUGCGUUCCACUGUAAAAGUGACUGGUAAUGAGGCACAAUUGGAUGUGGGCGUAAAUAUGAUACGAAAAGGCAAGCUGCUAAUUGUGGAUCUUGCGGGAUCGGAAAGGAUAGAUAAAUCUGGCAGCGAAGGCCACUUGCUCGAGGAGGCUAAAUUUAUCAAUCUCUCCCUCACUGCUUUGGGAAAAUGCAUAAAUGCAUUGGCUGAAAGUUGUCCACAUAUCCCAACUCGAGAAUCCAAGUUAACAAGAAUACUACGUGAUUCAUUUGGAGGCUCUGCUAGGACUUCUUUGAUAAUUACAAUUGGGCCUUCAGCACGGCAUCACGCAGAAACUACUAGCACUAUAAUGUUCGGGCAAAGAGCUAUGAAAGUAGUUAAUAUGAUGAAGGUGAAAGAAGAAUUUGAUUAUGAGAGCUUGUCAAGAAAGCUUGAAAGCCAAGUUGACCAUCUUACCAAAGAAAUUGAUAGGCAGCAAAAGAUGAGGGACAACUAUAAGAAUGAAAUGGAGAAGAAGAUCAAAGAGUAUCAAAGUUCAUUUGUUGAGGAAGAAAAGCGACUAGUUGCAAGGUCUAAGAUCUUAGAGAAGGAUAAUGCUCGCUUGGAAAUGGAGAUGAAAGCUAUUUUAGAAGAAUUAAAUAAUCAGAAAGAGUAUAAUAAACUAUUGCACGACGAAGUAGCACGUCUUGAAAUGGAUAUAGAACAUUAUAAGCAAAAUCAUCGUGAAAGCUCCACAUACCAGAAAGCUCUUGCUGAUACUACCCAGAUGUAUGAAAAUCAAAUAUCGGCUUUGAUUGAACAAUUGGAGGAUGAGCGAAUUCGCUAUGAAAGAGCUGAAGAGAAAUCAGAAGCCUUGAAGGCACUCUUGAAUGAUCAUGAACGUUCAAUGAAGCUAUGUCAAACAGAAAAUUCCUCUUAUCAGAACCAGCUCCUUGACAUGACGCAAACACAUGAAAAUACAAUAGCACAGCUAACUAAGCAGCUAGAGGACAUGAAUCUACUCCGUGAAAAUACUGAGAAGGAAGCUGAUUCUCUCAGAAAGCUUUCAAGUGAUCAGACUUCUAAGCAGAAAUCAUUCUCAGAAACUAUCCAGCUUUAUGAGGAGAAAUUAGCCAUUUUAGAGAAGCAAUUAGAAGAAGAGCGUGCUAGUCAUGAACAUGCAAAAGAACAGAUUGAAUCAUUGAAGAACCAGCUGUGUGAACAGAAAACAAGCCAGGUGAAGAGCAAGAUUACUGAUUUGAUGGAAAGAAUAGAAGAAAAAGACCAAAAGUAUAAGGCAGCUAUUGAUCAAAUAAAGUCUCUGCAAAUCGAAAAUGUAAAUUUGCAAUCAGAGAAGGAAACAUUCAAGAGUGAAGUUGAUGCUUUGAAGGAGAAACUGUUGAUUGAGGAAAAGCAAAGGAUGACACUUGACAAUGAACUGGUUAAGUUAAAGAAGCGUUUCUCUGAAAAUAAUGAAGGCGUUGAGGACAAGAAACCGUAUGUUAAACAGCAAAUGAGAGAAUCAUCGUCAUUUCGGUCAGCCAUAGGUCUAAAUAGAUCUAUAUCCGGCCAGAGGGCAACAAUUGCCAAGAUAUGUGAAGAAGUUGGGCUUGAAAGGAUUCUAAAAUUGUUAUCAUCUGAAGAUAUUGAAGUUCAAAUGCAUGCAUUAAAGAUGGUAGCAAAUCUGGCUGCUGAAGAUAUAAAUCAGGAGAAGAUUGUGAAUGAGGGAGGGCUAGAUGCACUACUUAUGCUAUUGCAGACCUCUCAAAAUAUCACCAUUCUUAGAGUGGCUUCUGGUGCUGUUGCUAAUUUAGCUAUGAAUGAGACUAAUCAAGGCUUGAUAAUGAGCAAGGGAGCUGCACGGCUUUUGUCAGACACUGCAUCAAAAACAGAUGACCCUCAAACUCUUCGAAUGGUGGCUGGAGCAAUUGCAAAUUUAUGUGGCAAUGUUGCAUUACACACCGCACUCAAAGAGGCCGGAGGCAUUAAGGCGCUUCUUAGCAUGGGUCGUGCUACAAAUGUCGAUGUUAUUGCACAAGUAGCCAGAGGAUUGGCAAACUUUGCCAAAUGUGAAACACGAGAGGUUAUUCAAGGUAAUAAAACAGGUCGUUCUCUUCUCAUGGAAGAUGGUGCACUUGAAUGGCUGAUUGUCAACUCGAAGACUACCUCUGAAUCAACUAGACGCCAUAUGGAACUUGCCCUUUGCCAUUUAGCACAGAACGAGGAUAAUUCACAAGACUUUAUAUCUACCAACGGAUUGCAGGAGGUGGUGCGAAUAUCAUCUGAAUCUGCUAGAGAAGAUAUCCGUAGUUUGGCUAAGAAAACGUUAAAAUAUAAUCGGAUGUUUCAAGCGCAGGUGCCAACAGACUAGUAAAGGUGCACUUGUUGAGUGUAGAGCUUCGUCGAUCAGCUCUUGAUUUGUGUUUGCUCGUUUAGGUUGUAUUUGUAGAAAUUGAUUUGAACUUGUUAUAGUUUAUUUAUAUUGGAAUUCGUUGUCAUCAAAAUAGAUCCUACGUUGUACACUAUGUAGCAAGAUAUACAUAUUUUUUUAUUUAGAGGUGCAACCGUUCAAGUCGUUAUAUGUUGGCCUAUUUGACGCAUCACACGGAGCUUUAUGUUGAUGUGAUUGGCCUAUAGAAGAAAAGAAGUUCCAUAGUAAAGUUUGUGUGGGUUUUUCAUGUAACUAUGAAGAAGCCAUAUUACUAAUAAUGUCAACUUUCGAGUAUUGAGUCUUGUCUCAGUUGGAGCAAAUAUCACUUUUUCUAGAUAAGGUCAUAAGUUCGAUUUUUUACUUAACUCUUUCCUUUGCCUAGCUACCAUGUGUGUAACAUCCCUGAAUUUCCGACCCCUUAACAAACCCUUAACGAAAUCAAAACCGUAAAGGACGAGAGGAAAUUCGGGUGUUACAAUGUGACUAUAAUCCAUAAAAUUACAAAAAAUAAUUUAAAGAAAAUGAAAUUAUGUAUGGUAAAAAAAUUAAAAUUGCUUGAGGAGAAUACCCAUUCAAAAUUGGUUGAUAUUCUCCUAAAAUAAACUUGAUCCAUUAAAAUUGCAAUGUAGGAGUAGGAUUUUCAUUGAAAAUGGAAGAAUUCUUUUUUGGGGUGGGAUUAGAUAUGAUGAGCUACACAUCUCAACAAUGAAUGAUGUAUUUAGGCAUAC